UCUCCUUCUUCAUUUAAACCAUAUAUCCUAAUACAACCUCUCCUCCAAGGCUUAGCUCUCACUUUCAGAUCAAGAUAAAAGUGUGUGAGAGAGAGAGAGAGAGAGAGAUAUGAGUUUGCUCGGACUCGUACUUUUCGGGUUUGUCUUGGCGGCUUCACACGUUGUCGACGGAUACGGAUUCUACGGAGGUUGGACUAAUGCGCAUGCCACCUUCUAUGGAGGCAGCGAUGCCUCUGGAACUAUGGGUGGGGCUUGUGGGUAUGGAAACCUGUACAGCCAAGGAUACGGGACAAACACGGCAGCGCUCAGCACUGCACUGUUCGACAACGGGUUGAGCUGUGGGGCCUGCUUCGAGCUCAGGUGCGUAAAGGACCCGCAAUGGUGCCUCCCUGGCUCCAUUGUUGUCACUGCCACCAACUUCUGCCCGCCUGGCGGGUGGUGCGACCCUCCCCAGCACCACUUCGACCUCUCUCAGCCCAUCUUCCAACACAUUGCCCAGUACCGAGCUGGCGUUGUCCCCGUAAUCUACCGAAGGGUAAGGUGUCGGAGAAGGGGAGGCAUCAGGUUCACGAUCAAUGGGCACUCAUACUUCAACCUCGUCCUCAUCACCAACGUCGGCGGUGCGGGGGACAUUCAUGCGGUGUCCAUCAAGGGCUCGAGGACCGGGUGGCAGCCCAUGUCCCGGAACUGGGGACAAAACUGGCAGAGCAACUCCUACCUCAACGGCCAAAGCCUUUCCUUCAUUGUCACCGCCAGUGAUGGCCGCAGCGUGGUAUCUUACAACGUCGCCCCAGCCGGAUGGUCCUUUGGCCAGACAUAUACUGGUCGGCAGUUCCGAUAUUAAUUACAAAAUUAUCCUCCAAGAAGAUGAAUUUCUAGCUGGUAAACCACGACCAAUUUAGUUAAUCCUCGGCCCAACUACAUCGAUUACUGAUACUUAAGAAAUAAUUACUUCCGUAAAAAAAAAGGAUAUCUCUGCUAAAUCUCACAGGGGGGGGAAAGCCGAAUGCAAAGCCCUUUCUCAAGCUGCCGGAAAAAGGGCCGGAGUUAAAAUUAAGAUCGAAUCAUAUUGAUAGCAUAUGAUUUGAGGAGACACCCGCUGGGGGACAUCGACCGGAUAUUAGCUAAGCCUGGGACGCUGGUGGUACGAAUAGGGCAGACAAGAGGAGAAAUGUUUAGAAGAAUAAUAUGAUUUGUAUUUGCGUACUUUUGGAAUUUUAUCAAUUAUAUGUCACGUUCCAGUAGCUGCUACUGCUUGCAUAUAUACAACAAGAUCGAACAAAUUAAUUAAUCAAAUAAUAAUUUGCAUGGCUAUUUUGAUUCA